AUGGACAUUGAUUCAAAUAAUACUUCAUUCAAUGGGAUUGAGGAAGUUGAAGAACCGGAGAACAAUCUUUCAUUAAAUGAGAGUGGAGAAGUUGAAGGAUCGAAGAAGGGUAUGUAUUUUAUCUCAAAGCAAGAAGUGUACGCGUUUUAUGCUAAAUAUGAGAAACACCUUAGAUUUGCUAUAGCUUAUAGAACACAAAAUAUUGGAGAUGAUGGGGAGGUAAAAUACUUUGGAAUUGAAUGUACUCGAGCGCGGAAAAGAACAAAAAGAUCAGAAGUAAAUCCCCUGAAACCAUCUUUGUCAUCAAAAAUUGAAUGUAAAGUAAGGGUAAGAGCCAGUCUACAAAAGGAUGGAAGAUAUAGGUUAACCAUAGUUGUGCUUAAGCAUACUCAUGACUUGAUUCCUAGCAACUCGCGACAUUUUGCAAUGAAUAAGAGGAUUCUUACUCCUGUGAAAAGGAGACUAGAAAUAAAUGAUGCAGUAGGGAUAGGGGUGGCUAAGAAUUUUCAUUCUAUAGUUGUUAAAGCGGGGAGAUAUGAGGCAUUAAUAUUUGAUGAACGAGAUGCAAGGAAUCACAUUGAGAAUGCUAGAAAAUUGACACGUGGGGUAGGAGAUGCCGAAUCAAUUGCACUUUAUUUUCAUAACAUGUAA